UUGACACGCAAGUCGGCGCACUUUUUUGUAUGUUUUGAAAAUGAGAUUUAUUGCCGAUGUUUUAAAGUCAGCUGUGGCAAAAUGUAAAGCAUCUGAGUUAGAAUCGUUAGUUCGACAAUGGGGAUACUUGAAGAAUGUUGAAUUAGAUCAGAUAGACUUCUCCAAAUCGAAAAGAUGUGUGUAUCGGGAAAUACUAAGAUUGUGUGAUGAAAAACAUAAACAGAAGGAAACUGCUGAUAGAGUCAAUGAAUUUGACUUGAUGUGUUCUGUAAAAUAUUCAUUCAAGAAGAGAUGGUCGAUGUACAAACUUAGUGAUAAAAAGACAGGGACUCUGAAAGAAAAUGAGCUAUCAGAUCCUAAAAAAUUCAAGAAAAAGCUCCUACAGCAAAUUGAGCUGUAUUUUGAUUCCACAGCAGCAGUAUCAGUGACUCUACAUGACGGUGCUCUCUGGUGUAGGCUGUACAUACAGUCGGGGGCACCUGCCCGCUUUAUGAACUCUAACACUAUUUACCUUGUUUAUUAUCCUCACUGUCCAUGCUUUGCCAUUACAGCCUUCAAAGUUUCUGUCCGGAAUUUUCUGUUCCAGUGUCUUUCAAAUGCCUUCAACCAUCACUCUCUGACAAACAUGAUGCUCUCAGGUCUACAUUAUAAGUCACUUUUUCAACUGGCUUUCAACAAAAUAGGGGAGAGUUCAUUUGGAAGACUUAAAGCCAUUGAAAAUCUUCCCUUUUUGUGUCGGAAUGAGCGUAAGCGCAAAGCAAAAGAAAUGGAAAGAGAACCCAACAUGAGAUCUGAAGAUGAAGUGAUGAAGCGGAGAAGGUCACAAAGUCUGGAGGCCUCCUUUGGGGUCUAUGAUCAACCUGUCCUGGAAUCUCUGCAGUUUAAGGUGGAGGUGAAAUUUAGAGGAAGUCAGAACCUGGUAAACUUUCCAGUAGAGGAUGAACCAUUUAGAUGUCGUGUAAAGUUUGAAGGACCUUCUGUGUUAGAGGGAGUUCGUAACUUAGCAAGCUGUGGGCUAGCCAAUGAGCCACUACCUAAACAUUUAAUGCGAGUUAAUUCACUGGGGACAAAUUACUUUGUUCUUCGAAACAAAGACAAAACCUGAUGCAAGAAAUCUCUAAAGCUUAAGGGAUGAAAUUAUGUGUUUCUGAGGUUGUACUCUGUAUUACAGUAAAUCAGUGGUCAGUAUUUUAUCUGUACUGACUACCAGCAGUAAUAAAACAGUUCCUGCAGUCAGGCUGUUCAUGUACACUGUAUGCCAAUGUAUUCAUCAGGUUGAUGUCUUUCUUUUUAUUUUCUUUUACAUCCUUAUCUAUCAAUGUUUAACAGUUUUAUUUGUUACUUCACUGUUACUAGAAAAAUAGGUUGUUCUAAGCAAAAAAUAUUAAAUUAUGGA